AUGAAUAAAAAUUCUUCUUCUUCAAAUUUAACAUCGGAUGAGUGGUCAUUAAUUAAUAAUAUAAAAGAUGCAUAUGAUUUGUCAACAUUAGAUUGUGAUACAACUCAUAUAAAUAAUUAUUCCUUAAUUGAUUCAACAUUGAAAGAUUUUCUCAAUGAUGAACAACAAAUGUUUAAAAGUUUAAUCAAAUUUUAUAAAAAAAUUCCACAUUUUAAACAAAUAAAUCUAGAAGAUCAAAUAAUAUUAAUAAAAUGCAAUAUAACACAUUUAAUUCAUAUUCAUCAUGUAUUAAAAGAUAAUUUUGUAGAAGGUGCAAAACUUGGUAUAUAUAUGAGUAAAUGA